CGCUUUGAAAUUAAUCAUGAUACUGGAUAUAGCUUAUUGAUACAAAAAUUAAAAACGCAAACGUCUAAUAAAAUGCAUCGCAAUCAAACAUUUAAAACGAAUCAGUUGUGACGGUUAACGAAGUCUUGUCAACCAAAAGUGAAAAAAAUAAAAUUAAUAAAUAAAUAAACUUAAGUUAUUGAUCAAUCAGAGCAGCGAAUUUGGGAUGCUCUCCUGCCAUUCAUAUUCCACACACUAGAUGGCACUGUGGGAUUAGUGUACCGUUUCGUUUGGUGCCCGCUAUAGAGAUAGAGGGAUUAGCGAGGCCGUGACGUCAUAGGGAUACGUUUCAAGCCGCCAUCUUAUCUAGGUAUCUCUGCGUUAGUAUGAUCCGCCAUGCCCGUGUCUUGCGCCGCGAUAAACUGCUCUGAGCUCCGCAAUGAAGGCUCGCUGAGGAGAGGGAUCUCAUUCCACGGUUUCCCAAAGAGUCCGUCGAGAAAAAACCAGUGGAGAAUCGCCGUGCGCCGACAGACCCCGGACAACAAACUCUGGGAGCCCACGAAACAUAGCGUUUUGUGCAGCAAGCAUUUCAAAGCAGAAAUGUUUGACAGAACUGGGCAGACAGUUCGCCUCAGAGACCACGCUGUACCCACGGAGUUUGACUUCGGAGUUAUUAAGAAGAACGUGGAGGAAGCAGAGCCUUUGAGUAAGAGUGCAGUGAAGAAGAGGAGGAGGAGGAAGGGGAAGGGGAGUCUGACCAGGAAGUGCCCCUCCCACACAGCCUCCGCGCGCGGGAUAGGAGACCUGGUGCUGGCGGCGGAGUUGGUGGAGCUGGUCGGGCAGUCCCAGGGGGGGUUGCUCCUGGGCUUCGAGAACGAUCACCGGGGAUACUCUCUGCCCUCCGACCCCCAGGCCCUGACCCGCCUGACGCGGAUCUUCACACAGAACCUGCACAGGCAGGAGCAGAGGCUGAGCGAACUGCAGGGGGCGCUCAAGAGCCAGGAGGCGCUGUACAACCAGAGCAAGGGAAUGUGA